AUGGUCCUCUCCUUCAUCCUCAUCCAAAAUCGCCAAGGCAAGACCCGCCUAGCCAAAUGGUACAGCGGCUACAACGACGACGAAAAGAUCAAGCUCAAAGGCGAAGUCCACCGCCUCGUCGCACCCCGCGACCAGAAACACCAGUCCAACUUUGUCGAAUUCCGCGGCUCCUCCAAAAUCGUUUACCGACGCUAUGCUGGACUCUUCUUCUGCGCGUGCGUCGAUGCGAAUGAUAAUGAGCUGGCGUAUUUGGAGGCGAUACAUUUCUUUGUAGAGGUGUUGGAUCAGUUCUUUGGUAAUGUUUGUGAGUUGGAUUUGGUGUUUAACUUUUACAAGGUAUAUGCGAUUCUGGAUGAGGUGUUCCUCGCGGGGGAGAUCCAGGAGACGAGUAAGCAGGUUGUGCUUACGAGGUUGGAGCAUCUGGACAAGCUGGAGUGA